CCCAUCCCACCCCUUGGAAUCUAUUCGUCCAAAAAAAUCCUUUCCGAAUCCAAUAUCUUCCAGGGGACCAAGAAUCAAACGUGGGCUCAUUAGCUAUAGCACUCUCCCUCAUGUGCCCUCGAUUGCUCGUCUGCUGUCGGCGGUCAGGAACUGUUCUGUAGCAGCGACGUCUUCUAUCAGGAGUUCCGGACUAAAAAAUUAUACAGAACAUACAUGAAGGACUGCUUUUGGCCUGAAACGUGUGCAAGAGAGACUGUUGUGGACACUUUGUAGUCGUUUCACGUUCAUAUCUGCCAACAUUGGAUUGAAAGCUUAAGAGGCUAAGAAUGGAAUGGAGCUGCCAACAUUGGAUUUAAAGCAAAAUUGCAGAAUUUGAUUGUUAGCUCGUGAUGUAUACUUGAACGCGUGUAAUCCUCAAUCAUACAAAACUGCACAUUUAUGUCUCAUUAAAUGUGCUGUGUGAGGAAAUUUACUUAGCUGACCACUUAGAGAGAUGCAUUGCUGCGUUUAUAGAUGUAGCAAGUCAUGUUCCCUUUGUUCGCCAUUCAAGUGGUUGCGUAAUUGAAGCGAGCUAUCAUCUCCUAGUUGUGAGCGAAUUUUUAGUGGCAGGCAAAGAUAUGAAUGCUGCUCAAACACAAGAUAGUUUUAUAAUGAAGCCUAUUGAUCAAAGAGAGCGCACCAGAAGUCGUAAUGAUGUUCUGACUCGUCGCCUGAAGAACCGAGAACGACAACGUAGGUAUAGGGCCCGGAAGCGCCUUGAAGCAGAUAUGAAGAAGCCUAGCAUCAUAAAGCAAUCACCUCCACCACAAGUGGAAGUGCAAAUGAAUGGAUUUGUUAGCAAUUAUGUACCCCGUGUGCACUGUAAACGAGAUUGGAAAAAGGAUGCAAGGAGGGCUCGUGUUUCUGAGUAUCCUGAAGUUACACCUAAUGGUUGUGCUGUCCUUACUCCUAUGUCAACCAGUGAGAGUCAAACUGUGUUAUUAUCUGGAACUACGGCAGAGCCACUAUUAGAUAGUGAAACCCAUUCCGAGAUAUCUGUGAACCAGAAUAACUUUGAAAUGCAUAGACCCAAACUGUGUCGAAGAGAUUGGAAAGCCGAUGCAAGGAAGAAGAAAAACUAAAGCAGAUGGAAGACAACUCCUUAACUGUUCCAUUUUGAUGGGAUGGUAACUUUAUGAAUAUUGGGCAGAUGACUCCUAACUAUUCUCUUUUGAUAGUAUGGAGUUGGUAUUGUCUGUCUACAUUUUCAACUUGUGCUCUUUACUGAUGUAUAAGGGAUGAGGAAAUAUGCAGAUAAGUUCUAAGUUGGUUAAGUAUUGGAUUGCAUAUGCGGAAGUCUAACAAUGACGGGAAAGGAAUCUUGGACACUGAUACUGUUGUAGUUAGAAAAUCAGGUAAGUGGUCGAACUUGUUGUAAUGUAUGAUUACUGUCCACGAAGUAUAUAAAGACUGACGCAGGAUGUUUCAUCUGUAAGGAGUGAUGGGUUUUGAAUGUGUGCUUUUAAAAAAGCAAUGUAUUCUGGAUUGCAACUGAAAUUUGUUUGACAUGACUCUUAUCUAUGCGUGUGUUCAUAUUGAGUAUUUAUAGUAAACUUGAUGUGAAAUUGUAGAAUA